UUUGAAUUUCCGCUGGAGAGACGCGCAUGCGCAGGAGGAACGGGGCGAGGUCUGCCUGCUGACGUUUCCGGCGUAAACAAACGCAGACGUUUAAACCCCCGAGCUGUCAGGAGACGCGGCCGUCGGACGCUUAGAAAUGCAGAAUGUCUGUAAAAGGAGCUCCAGCGCCAUCCCCAGCCGAGAUAGAGGACCCGGCGGCGAUCAGCAUCCACUUCAGCAGAACUUUACAGAGGCCCUUCCUGCAGAGAUGAGCGUUAGGAUCUUCGGUGAGCUGGACAUCUGUAGUUUGUGCCGGGCGUCACUCACCUGCAGGCACUGGAACGAUAUAAUCGAGGGCAGCGAUCAGCUGUGGAGGACCCACUGUCUCGCGGUAUUGGCUGUUUGCAGGAGGGAGGUGGAUGGAGACAGGCUUGCUGGCUGUUCGUGGAAGGUCACCCUUGUGCGUAACUACAGGAAAGGCUGCGUAAAGCGGAGGUGGCUGAAGGGCCGAUUCAGUAAUAUCCGCUCUGCUGACGAUAUCCCGCCCAACAGCAUGUGUCCACUGGAUGUGGAGACCUGGGGAGAGAUACUGGAGGCGGAACUGGAUAGAUAGAGCGGAGAGAGACUUUUGGGAUCCUGCCAAUGGACUGAAAUAUAUCAGCUGCACCUACAAUGGAAGCGCUACGACUUAAACACUUGCUGGGCGAAUCAUUUUAAAAUCGGUAUUGCUAAAAAAAGGCGGUCAGAAUACACGAUAAUGUGUCUUUUGUCAGUAUUGCCUUAAUUUACUUGUGACUGUAAAAUUUUAUACGUUUCAUAUGAUGGAAUCAUUUUAUAGAUGGAACAGAGAGAGAUGUUUUUCUUUGCUCUGUUUGUAUAGAUCAACAAAACUGCACAUUAUUAUUGAUUUUUGUUCAUUUAUAGUGUGUUAAGUCACUGGCAAAAAAAUCAUGCAACUAUUAUUUUAUCCAAGCUAAUAUAUUAAUUAAUAGUAUGUGCUUUACUCACGUAUUCAGUGCUGGCCUCUCUUUUUAUUGCUGUCUGUAUGCGUAUGUCUUUAUAACCAUUUAAAACAAUAUAGAAGUAUUGUUCCACUUAAAAGCACCUUUUUUCACACAUGCAUAUUCAUACAGAACUUGCUAUGUAUGAACUAGCACUGUAAAAUGGCAUGUUGUGGAAUGGAAAGACUUUUUUAUAUAAAAAAUAGAUUUUU